AUGGCAGCGAAUCUUUUACCAGUUCCACCACCGUCACUCACCGUCCGAUCAUCCGCUGGCGGCAAUCAGAAACCGGAUUCACAGCGGAAGAACUGGUGGACUCCACUCUUCGGCUGGUCAUCGGAACCUGACUACAUUGAUACCGCAAAAUCCGGAUUUGUUUCCGAACCAGAUCUGGAUCGGAAAACAAUUAUUAAUAGAUCUCCGGCGCCGGCGAAGUUUACCGAUGAAAAAGCGAGAAAGCUUAGGAUGUUGACGGUUGAAACGGAGACGUUUCAUGAUGCGAUGUAUCACUCCGCCAUCGCUUCUCGUCUCGCUUCUGAUUUCUCCGAUCGAUCUGACCUGUGA